UGUUAGGAAUAGACCACUUGAUCACUGAAAAUCCAGAACCAUUCAUUUGUACAGAAGCACACAAGUAUAGCGUUAGUCACAGUGAGUUCACCGGCGGCAUGGCUUUCUUCUCCUUCUUGCUCGCACGGCGGAUGUGUUGGCCGGCGGCAUCGAGGGGAUGGCGGGCGUUCACAACUUCAGAGGGGUCACGGCCGGUCAUCGUCCAUAAGCGGAGCCUUGACAUUCUGCACGACCCCUGGUUCAAUAAGGGCACCGCGUUCCCGAUCACAGAGCGGGACAGGUUGGAUCUUCGUGGCCUUCUUCCUCCUAACGUCAUGACUCCUCAGCAGCAAAUUGACAGGUUUAGUAAGUUUCGGUCGGCCUUUGCUUUGGAAUUUUUGAGUUUAAGCAUUGGUAUAUUAUGGCGAUUCAUUGAUUCAUUGAAAUGUCCAUGUUUAUUUCACACGGCAAGCAAUUUUCAGUUUGUGAAGGAUUAAUUGGGGGAGUACGUG